AAAUGAUGUUGUACCGUCAGCAACCUGACGUGAACAAAUUCGUGGUCGCUUUCUGCUGUCUUCUUCGCCGAAGGUUAUUCUGUAAAUUUUAUGAGUGAAAGCUUCCUCUAGAAGAAGAAACAUGGUAGACGAAAAUCCGCAGAAUCUGAUGUGCACCAUCAUAGCCGUAGAUACGAGCAACAACUUCUCCUAUUUGGUUUGCUCACUGUGCGAGAAACCCCUUCCUAAUACCCUUUCUCUCUGCCAAUUCUGCAAUCGCAACGCCUUCAACUCCACUUCUUUUGCCUCCAAACGCCUCUUCCGCCUUCUUAUGUCGAUAGCAUCAGAUACAAAGGUAUUCAGGGUGAUAUGCUUUGAUAGAGCUGCUAAAGUUCUGUUUGGUUGUUCUGCUGAUGAGUUCUUUGAUUUUGCGAAGCUUCACCCUUUUGCAGCUGCAACUGCUGGUCAUUUCCUGGAAGGUGAAAUGUGUCGGAUGACAUUGGCGAAGCCAAAGAAUGGUAAUGCUGAACAUGUGCGAGUGACAUCUGUUGUUCCUUUGAGCUCUGGCUUUCAGCCAGUGAUACAAUCCUUGAAACAAUACUAUGCGGGUGAGCACUAGCUCAUAACAUCAUCUAUUUAUAUGGUAUUAUGGAUCCUGAAUGCUAGUGUAUGGACGGAUUACAUUGGCCUAUUUAUGGGUUUUGUUAAGUAGGCUUAAUAUUGGAAAUUUCUUAGACUGCUUAUAGAGCAAUAUCGCCAAGUUCCAACUAUUGUAUGGCCUGAAACUUUCUUUCAUAUCCUGUGAUAGAAGUAAAGUAAACGCACACUCUUCAAUUCACCAUACCUUAUAAAACAUUUCUUGAUCAGUCUUCCAAAUUAGAAGUAAAAUUUUUUUGUGGAACAGAGAGUACUGUAUUUAUUAGUAUGCUGUCAAAGAAUAUUCUUGAAAGUUCAUUGUUACAUAAGAUCUCAUAUACUGCACACUGAUGUCUAUCUGGGUCAAAGAAAUUGCUUGUUCAUAUUAGACUGGCGUACAGGUUGCACGCUUGAUUUUACUGAAAGUGGUUCUGACCCAUUGGUGACAGACAGAAUAUCACACAGUAGAAAGCUCAUCUGUUUUAUCUGUUGAGGCCAGGGUACCUUGUGUCCACUGCUUGAGCAUCUCUAGAGCAGCCUUAGGCUGGUCCAUUGGAACCAUGUGUCCAGCAUCAUGCACCUGUCUCAUAGAAAUACUAAUGUUAGUGGAAUAGCUAGUACAUUUUGUAUAGCGGAAGUCAUUAGGAUCGGGUAAGAUUAAUGCCAUAAAAUGGAUAUGCAAGUGCAAGAGCUUGACCUUGAGAAAAGCAAGGGGACCAUGGCUUUUCAGUUGUCCUGCUUCUUUGCCAUCAACAGAAAAGGAAACUGUAGAAGCUGCUGUAAAAUCUUUCUGUCCGGACCAUUCCAUAGCGUGUACCCACCUUGAGUUCCCUGCAGCAGAUAGAAACAUAAAACUCAUUUACAUGGUAAAUCAAGGACUGGUGAAUCUGGAUUAAAGGCAGUAAAUCGGGUGAAUUUGGAUCGUCUGGAUCUCGUUCAGGUCGGUCAGAGAAUUCUGCUCAUGAGUAGUGACUUACCAAGCCAGUUGCAUAUCAAAUCAUACUCCCCAGCAUAGACCAGCAACUUGACCCCAUCCUCCAAAAGUGCAGGGAUACCCAAUUCAAGAUUUCUCAUCCAAUCCAUCUGCAUGGCCUCAUAAACCUCCGUGCUACAAGAUACAAAGUCAAUGUCCCCAACACCAAGGGCUUUUCUUACUGAUUUUUGGUUCAGCAACGUCUCCAUGUUCGAGAAGUCGUAACACAAGUUGGUCUCACACUUCUUCCUGAUAUCAUAGUACUGCAUAUGGAAGAGAGAACAUAAUUGGUACUUAGUUAUCCCAUACUCAUGCCAUACUUUCUGUUAUGUUGUUUUCUUUUCCUUUCUCCUAUAAUGCAAGAUGAAGAUAGUGUUGCUUACAUUUAUUUCUCCUGCUUGGUCCAUGAUCUUGUUAAAGAUGUCCGUGCAAGCAAAAUAUGCACUCAAGCAAGCGUCUUUGCCAUCAGUACCUGAAUUCCCCCCCCAAGAAGAGAAAAUGAUUUCAACAAGACUUAUACUCCAUUUGUUAGGUGGUAAUAAAUGACGAUAUCGGUAGUGAAUUACACUAAAUAUCAAUACCAUAAUCGUCAUUUAUUUUUCGUUUACCAAACGAGCUUUUAGUGAAAUGCUAAAGAAUUGCUUCUUUUAGGAGGAGACAACGAUGGUUACCACACUGCUUGAUUGCCUGUUCGCAAGCUGGAAUCAUCUUACUGAUGCGCUUGUGAUCUGACUUUUUGAUGAUCCCGUUGUCCAAAGCAUAGUCUGGGUAUGCUUUGUACUGAAUUUCAGGGUGGGUGAGGCCGUUACCAAUUGCAAAACCCUGAAUACAAGAAAAAGAAAAAAAGAUUGGAUUUUUUAACCAUUAUUUCAUGCCUAAAAGGUGGGGAAGAAAGAAACCAAGGAGAGGAAUUACCUUGAGAUUUAUGUGAAGUCCUUCUUGAGCCUUGUUUCCGUUGUGAACUCUAGCAGCAAAGGCAGGGAUGUAAUGGCCAGCAUAAGACUCUCCAGUGAUAUAGAAGUCAUUCUUUGCAUAUUGAGGAUGUGCCUUAAAGAAAGCCUGUUGAUUUCCAACUUUUUACAGUUAGAAGACUAUAAAAGAUGAAAUUAACUCGAAGCGACAGCAACAGAAACCAGCAACACACACCUGCAGGAAGUCAUACAAGUCAUUGCUAACACCGUUUUCAUCGUGUCGGAUAUCGGUGGUAUCGGAAGUAUAACUGAAACCUGUUCCUACUGGCUGGUCGACGUAGAUGAGAUUUGAAGCCUACAAUAAUAUAUUAACAGUAUGUGAAAUAUAUUUGAGAUUUCCAUUCAUUAAAGAUGUAUGUUUCUAAAGAAUUGAUUGAUUUUUGUUAAUACCUUAUCCCAACCAAAAUCAUUCCACAUAAGAGACAUAUUGUUGGCAAUUUGGAAAGGGCCAUUCUCAUAGAACAGAGCUAAUUCACUACUGCACCCUGGCCCUCCUGUCAACCAUAUUACUAUUGGGUCGUUCUUGCUACUCCGAGACUCGAAGAAAAAAUAGAACAUCCUGCAAAUAUUUUGUCAUUAAUAUAGGACAAUGUUUUUAAUUUGUAGAUAGCUAGUAUUAUUGUCAUUGACAGUUAUAUUUUAUUUUGUAUAUGCAUUUUGUUUAUACAUGCAGUAUGCCAUUUUGCCAUUCAAAUGAAGACUUUUCAGCCUAAUAUUUGUAAUUCUUAUAAACACAUUACAACUUUUCAAGUAUCA